AUGCCUCCUGCAGCUGUCAAGCCUAGUCCAAACUCAAAGGCUGCCACUCCGGCAUUGAACGCUGGGGCAAGACCGUACCGGUCACACAAAGUCAGGGCCUGCGAUCUGUGUCGGAAACGCAAAUCGAGGUGUACAGUUGAUAUCCCCGGCCAGUCAUGUUUGCUGUGCCGAGUCCAAGGAGCGGAUUGUCACUAUCAGGAGGAACCUGGCAGUGAGCUGUCUGCCGCUCAGGGGCCGGAGCCUGCGGUAUGGCAUUCGCGCGCCGUUGGAGACGGUUUCCACACCGGCCAGAAGCGCAAGCGCUCUCCAGACACUGUGUCUCCUCCCAUGACCUCCUCGCGGACAGAUGAGAUUCCUGAAGUCCGGCGAUCUCACUCAGCAGCGCCUCGUCGAGGAAGCGAACCUGGACGACAAGGAGUUGAGGAUCCCCAGAACGAGUCUGUUUUCAUUGUCGGCCCAGUAGUAGCCGACGAUGCAAAUGUGAUCGAGAAGCACAUGCCCCCACAGCAGUCUAACAGAUCAGUGGAGCCAAAAAAUCAUCCAUACAAUGUUUACUCGAAUGACCCCAGAAAGCCCAUUCUCUACACCACAGUGUCCAGGCGGAGACAGGGUAUGCGCGUUGGCAUACCUCCCGGAGAGAACCAAAAAGAGAUAUUGGAACAGAUCCUUGGGCCGUUUAAGGACGAUUUAGUCAGACUGUACGCUUCUGAACGAGACUAUCAUGUGUGCAUCCUGCUGAUACCGAGUCUUAGGUUUCUAGAUCGUUUCAAUGCAGCGUUUCCCAUAUUCGACGGCGAGGCUUUCUGGGAAGCAUACAUCUCAGAUUCACCUAGCGAACCGCCGGCAUCUCUUUUAUGCCAAGUCUACUCGAUGUCAUUAGUCCAUUGGAAGCACACACCCAAACUUGCCUGCCAUCCGAAACCCGAUGUCCGGUAUGCCGUAAAUCGGACUGUUGCAGCUCUCCACGAGGAAUUCUCUGCCCCCGGACUCUCAACGAUCAGUGCAGCUCUUAUCGACUUAACUGGCCGUCCCAUUUUUUCGAUGACUGGUAAUGCCAUCAGCUGUGGACGCAUGGUGUCUCUCGCUCAUUGUCUUGGUUUGAACCGAGAUCCUAGCAACUGGAAACUGUCUCGGCAAGAGCAAAACCAACGUGUUCGCCUCUGGUGGGCUGUUGUUAUACAUGAUCGCUGGGGGAGUUUCGGACAUGGUGUGCCACCACAGAUUGCCAAGAAUCAGUAUGAUGUACCUCUUCCCACCGUGGAAGUAUUGGUGCCGCCGGCAUCGCGCUCUCCAGAGCGAGUGAGGGCAGCACAUUGCCAUAUUGCGCUCUGCCGAUUAACUGAGAUCUUGGGUGAGCUACUUCCGCUCGUAUACGGUCUUCAACAGCGAUCACCUCGCGAAACGAGCAAAAAGAUCCGCCAGAUUCGGACAGACUUAGAUAUUUGGGAAGACUCGCUCCCGGAUUGGUUAAGGUCUCCUCUGGGCCCUUCAGAAGAUCGGAUAGCCGGUCUCUCCAGUCUACACCUUUCCUUUUUGGCGGUGAAGUUGCUCGUUGGAAGGGUAGAGCUAAAUGAUGUCAAUAAUUCAGAAACAGACCUCCCUGAAGCCCGCCGAUACUUCCAAACGGAGUGUCGCAAAGGUGCCGAAGAGAUCGUACAGUUCAUUUCAUCUCUCCGGAAAGAGAACUUCAAGGAAUUCUGGCUACCUUAUAGCGCCUUCCAUUUAACCUCAACAGCAACGCUCCUCGUCCGCUGCGCCUUCGAAACCUCUGACCCUGAAGUCGCACGCACCUGCCUCGCAAAUGUCGAAUCCUUCCGCGCCAUCCUCCGCCGCGUCCGCGAGGAAUACGACUGGGACGUAGCAGACAUGUGCCUCGACCAUUGCGAACGCAUUCUUAACCGCCUCCCGCCUGGGAACGGCCAUGGAGUCAACGGCUCUUCUGCCACUGCCUCUGGAGCGCCCAACGCGCAAGGCGGCAGCGGAGGAGGGGCGGCCAUGGGACCGCCUGAUAGCACGAACGGGCUUGUUAACCCAGCAGCAAUAUCGAUUUCGUUGCCAGAGACUCAGACAAAUAAUGACAUUGUAGAUGAUAUGAUGUCAAUAUCUAAUACCUUCGGGACCAUGGACGGGUUUCCGUUUGAUAUGACGGGAAUCUGGGAUGUUUCUGUUUUUCAGGAUGUUAAUCUUACAUAG